AUGAAGAAAAGGGAGGUAAUAAGACUGAACAAGCUCACUUUUUUAUAGUCCAUGUUGGAGUCACAGCAACCUGAUUCUGUUAAGAUAACUUGAAUACACUAAAAACUGGACAGGAUUGUCACCAGAAAUUUGUUAAUCAUAAUUUAUCUUCCAACUUUCAGGAAUGUUUUCCACUGACAAACUACUUACAAAGACAGCCAGAGAUAAGUGCACAGAUGAGAGCCACAUUGGUUAAUUGGUUGGUUGAGGUUCAAGAACAGUUAAAACUUUACCAUGAAACCCUGUAUCUGGGUGUGAAACUUCUGGAUCAUUUCCUUGAGAGGAACACAAUAAAGCAGGAUGAACUGCAGCUUGUUGGAGCUACAUCUCUUUUUAUCUCAUCUAAAUUAGAGGUACAACUCUUUCCCCUGAUCUGCAUGUGCAUCAGAAGUUGUAUAAAAACACAUCAUUUUGUGGAUGAAAGAUGCCUCAAAGAAACUUAAAUGUCCACAUAGUCUUCGCAUAAUUAAAACAGUAACUUUAACUUUACCUGCACAAAUGUUUCAGCGGCCAAAUGACUCAAUUGCAGCGUACAUGAAGAUUUUAAGCAGAAUAAAAAGUCUUAUGAAAUUUUGAAGCUGCUAAAUUGAAAUGGAAAGAUUUCCAUAUAAUACCAUACUUCAACUGCAAUAGAGUGUUAAAAUAAACUAAGAACAAUACAGAUAACCAUUGUGUCUACAGCUUGGGUCUGGAACAGUAUGAGGUUGAACAAAAUUCUUUAUGUAAAAACAAGACUGAGUAGAAGAUACUGUUUCAAUCACAUCUACCUUUAUUUCAUUCUAGGAGCGAGAUCCUCCACGCAUGGAUGACUUCAUUUUCAUCUGUGAUGAUGCAUACAAACAACAGCAGUUUAUUGCAAUGGAAAUUAAAAUCUUGUCCAGUUUGGGAUUUGAUAUUAACAUCCCCAUUCCUUACAGGUUCCUCAGGCGAUAUGCAAAGGUUAGAAAAACCAAUAUUGUUAUUGUAUGACGCACAUAAAAUUUAAAUUGUGAAUGAACCGACUUUGCCUAAAGGUUUUCAUUGAGGAAAUGUACUAGGAUUCCAAGUAGCUGCACCUUUAUUAAAACUAUUUUACAACAGACCUCAAUGUGUUGUUACCUCCACGUUGAAGAUGAUAUAUUUAUAUGAUGUUUGUCCCCUUCUAGUAUCAUAAUCCAAUUCCCUGUGAUGUCACAAAUCUCAAGUUCUGGUACAGUUUCCAUAGUUGUCUUUCUUGCUACCUUUGGGAAAAAAUGCUCUGUUUAAACAUGCCAUAACAAAACACUCUGGUGCAUUAGCUCAAGUUGUAAUAAACACUUUCAGUCAAUAUGCUGUCCAUCUUUUGCUCUAGAGUCAGUUGUCCAACUAGACUCUUCUUAUUCAUUCUCAUGCUUCAUGUUUUAGUUAUAUCAUUAUUCUUGUCUUCAGGCUGCAUUUGUAAGUGGUAAAACACUCACAUUGGCUUAUUAUCUUCUGGAAUGCUCCCUUCUUGAAGAUCAAUUUAUUCCAAGAAGAGCCUCACUGAUGGCUUCAUCUUGCUUGAACCUGGCUAUGAUGAUGAAGAACUGUGGAGAAUGGACAGUUACUUUGGUACAUUACACAGGCUACAGCAAGGAACAGCUAUGUGAUUGUGUAUUACAGCUCAAUGCAAUGAACAGUGCACCAGCUGACAAAAACUUGAUGGCUGUGAGAAAUAAGUAUUCACAUAAAGAUUUUCAUGAAGUUUCUACAAUCCUGCCUUUAGACCCAGAUUAACCAUUAAAAUCUAAAUUAAUUGCUCUCAUAUGUUAACAAAUUGUAUAGAUCUAAUAGACAUACAUUGAGAAUAAGAAUAUUCAAAAGAUACAUUCAUUUAUAUCUUAUUAGUUAUGAGUUUAGGAAAAUAACUUCUUUCAUGACUAUUAAUUAUGGUAUGAGAAGCAGCAAGAGCUAAAUAUGGUAAGCUUCUUUUUAUCAAUCAGUAUACUUUUACCAUCUGUUGUUGCGACAGAAGAAAAAACAGAGAGACUGGACUCUCAUCCCUACAAGCCUG